UUGCCGCUGCCAAUUCCGUUGGCUUUGGAGCUGUUAAUAAAACUCGACUUGGAAUAAACGGGAAUGGAAUUUACAGAGUAUCAUCUGAUAUACUAAUACUUUGUAUAUAAUAUAUUUAGUACCUAUAUGCAAUGGACUUUUGAUGAACAAGUGUUGUGGCUGCACAUUAUUGUUGUUGUUUUUGUCGCCAACAGAUUUUGUGAAUCUUACUUUAAUUGUGAAUAACUGUCGCAGUCGGUGUAAAAAUAGCUAAAGCGUGUGUUUCAAGUAGUCUGUAAAGUUAAUGUAAAAUAUAAAAUCUAAAUAACAUUAUAUAAUACACAUAGCAAGAUAAACAAUUGCUUAGAUCAAAAUAUUACGUAUACGUAAUGUGAUUUGAACCGUGAAGUGCAGCAUGUGUUUAUAAUAACUUAAAUAAUUGGCAUUGUUUUACGGCUGAUAAGCAUAUAAUGUAACUACCUGAUUUGAAUAGUGAUUAGUAAUAAUUAAAUUGCCGAAAUUAGCUUGAAAUUAUUGCACUUGAACCUUGACGAGAAAUCAAAUUUAAAAUAAUAUUGAAUAAAAUCAUAUAAAAAUACUACGUUUAUAAAUUAAAUAAUUGCCAACUGUCAGCUGACUUGUUGACCAAAAAAUAAACAUAUAGUAAAGCAGUCCAAAUGGUUGAGAAGGUCACACACGCCUUUAGUCUGCAGCGACUUAAAACAUUGCCAUGGAAUCGAAUUUUCCACAUGUUCUACAUCGAACCGGUUGUGUUUAUGCUGCUCUUCUCGCUAACCUUGUCCAAUACAAUUAUGAGAAAUCAAGUGAUUUAUCAAACAUGCACUGUGAUUUUUCAUUACAAUGUCAGCGAUUGCAAAUUGUUGGAUGAUAAAAAUGCCAGCGCCGAAAUAAAGGCCAUUGAAACGGAACUGCAGCCCUAUGUGGCAAAUCUAUUUCUAUCUCGCACUCUACUUGAGAGUAUUGUUCCGGCCUUUUGUGGUUUGUUUAUUGGUUCCUGGUCGGAUCAUUAUGGACGCAAGCCGUUGCUGGUUGUAUCCAUGAUAGGCUUUGCUGCUUCAUUUCUGGUCACGGCCACCAUUUGUGAGUUGUCCACUUAUUAUGUGAUCAAUCCCUGGUGGUAUAUUGUGGCUGCAGUGCCUCAUUCGCUGCUCGGUGGGAAUUGUGUGUUCUCCGUGGCCGCCUUAUGCUUUAUAUCGGAUAUAACAGACACCAAGACACGUCCCUAUCGAAUGAUCUUUAUGGAAUCCCUGUUCUUUAUUGGCUUAACUAGUGGCUCCUUGUUGUCCAGCUUUGUUUAUGCCGCCACAAAUGCAGCAAUUACCAUUGGCAUCUCCGGUUGUAUUACCACAAUGGGCACACUCUUUGUCAUCUUCUGUGUGCCAGAGAGUCUGCACAUACGGCAGGAACAGGAGGCGAAGGAUGCCAAGGACUUAAAGGAUGCCAAGGGGGAAAAGGGGGAAAAACAAAUGCCCAUCACAGCUGCUGAUUUGCAAUUGGAAUGCGUUGCCAUCGAUUGUCCGCCACAUUUGAUGAGCAACGAUGAUGCCGAGUCCAUGAAAAAGAAGCCACCAUGUCAACUGCCCACACCUGCCACGCCCGCCAUGACCAUCGAAGAGGAUCUGUUGGCCAAAUAUGUCGAAAGAUUGCCAAAAGUAUUGGCCCAAGCCAAAGCCCAAGAGCAGGAGGCGUGUAACGCCAAGCCGGAUGAAAAGCGAGCCGGAUUAUUCAGUUUUGUGCACAUACGCGAUAUGGUUAGCACCUGCACCAAGAGACGGGAGAAUCACGCACGUGCAAUUAUUUGGCUGGUCACAUGUGCCAUGUGUCUGUCCAUCUUUGUUUUCGAUGGUGUCAUGACUGUCAUGUAUCUGUUUGUGCGUGAAAAGUUCCAUUGGUCUGUGCGGGAUUACACUUUCUAUGAAACUGUGGCUCAUCUGGUUCCCAUGAUAGGUGCUCUCAUUGGUUUCCUUAUACUACGCAAGAUCUUUCGCCUCUCUGUGGUUACCUUGGCGCUGUUGGCCUUCUUCUCGGACAUAAUUAAUCAUCUGGCCAGAGGUUUCGCCACACAGCCUUGGCACAUGUAUCUAGCCGUUAUUUUGGGAUUCUUCCGUUCCAUUUCCGGUCCCAUGUGUCGCACCAUAGUCUCAAAUAUAGUUCCCGCUUCGGAUUUGGGAAAAAUAUUCUCAAUUAAAAAUGUACUCCAGUCGUUUGCUCCAUUCGUCGCAGCUCCGCUUUACACGUUUAUAUACAAACGUACACUGUCCUACUAUCCGGGUUUGUUUAAUUUCGUCAGCUCGGGUCUUUAUAUUUUAUCAUUUGUGUUUAUCGGGUGUGUGCUUCGCAUUAAAUUUAUGCAUAAACAAUAUUAUGCAAAGGUGUUAAAAUAAGUUCGAUUCAUCGAUUUUGUAAUGCGUCCUUUGUAGUUCUAUUAGUUUAAAUUUAAUAAUUAUUUAUGACUAAUUUUAUGUAAAUGUGAUGCGUUCAACGCGCUAAUUCUGUAAUAAGUAAUAAACAUUACAAGUAUUAAAAU